AUGUCUGAACUCCCAGAAGCCUACACCUCGGCCUCGAACGACUUUCGUUCCGACACUUUCACCACACCCUCCCCAGAAAUGAUGCAGGCCGCGAUGACGGCUUCCAUCGGUGACGCUGUGUACAACGAAGACAUCGACACCAUCGCGUUGGAGCAGCGCGUUGCGCAGCUCGCUGGCAAAGAAGCCGGUUUGUUCUGCGUUUCGGGAACGCUGUCGAACCAGAUUGCCCUGCGGUGCCAUUUGAUGCAGCCUCCUUACUCGAUCUUGUGCGACUACAGAGCUCACGUCUACACCCACGAGGCUGCUGGACUGGCCAUUUUGUCUCAGGCAAUGGUGGUCCCAGUGAUUCCCUCGAACGGCAACUACAUGACUCUCGAAGACAUCAAGCGCCACUACAUCCCAGAAGACGGCGACAUCCACGGUGCGCCCACAAAGGUUUUGUCGCUCGAAAACACUCUGCACGGUAUUGUGUACCCGCUAGAAGAGCUGGUCCGCAUCAAGGCGUGGUGCAUGGAAAACGACAUCAAACUUCACUGUGACGGUGCUCGUAUUUGGAACGCGGUCGCCGAAACCGGCGUGCCCUUGAAACAAUUUGGGGAGAUUUUCGACUCCAUUUCUAUCUGUUUGUCCAAGUCGCUCGGUGCUCCAAUGGGCUCGAUCCUGGUCGGUAACUUCAAGUUCAUCAAAAAGUGCAACCAUUUCAGAAAACAGCAAGGUGGAGGUGUCAGACAAUCCGGUAUGAUGUGUCGGAUGGCCUCUGUCGCUGUGGAAGGUAACUGGAAGGAGAAGCUGCAACGCUCUCACCGUAUGGCCCACGACUUGGCUGACUUUUGUCGCUCGCAUAACAUUCCAUUGGAGUCUCCUGCAGACACCAACUUUGUGUUCUUGGACCUACAGAAGGCCAAGAUGAACCCUGAUAUUCUAGUCAAGAAGGGUUUGAAGUACCAAGUUAAGCUAAUGGGAGGGAGAGUCUCUAUGCAUUACCAAAUUUCCGAAGAGUCGUUGGAAAGAGUUAAAUUGGCUGUCAUCGAGGCUUUCCAGCACGCGCAGCAGAAUCCUUUUGACACGGAAGGUCCAACCAAGAUCUACCGUAGCGAGUCCACGGAAAUCGACAUUGACGGCAACGCCAUUGGCGAGAUUCAGACUUACAAGUAUUAA